AAGCAGUCCAAUCUGCGCAAAGUUCUUUAUUUGUGAAUUAUGUAAGUCGUUUGUUUCCAUGGUGAAUCGUCGAAUGAAGACCAAUUACGACUUGCCACAAAAUUAUCCGCUUUACGAUGACGGCGACAAGGAUAGCGACAAUGAAAACGAUGAUAUUGAACUGGAUAUAGAUGACCAACAACAUCGGUGUGGUGAAGUCUUUUGCCCAACGUGCUCAUUGUUCUUCAUGCCCGAAGAUAAUCAUGUCUGCUACAUGCAACCCAUUGAGCUCACAGACAAAGAAAAGGCUAAACACCUAAACGAUAAGCUAGCGUACUUUGAUCUUGAAACGUUUCAAGAUGAGGCAGGUGAUUUCAAAGUGAAUUUAGCGGUCAUAGCAACAAAAGACGAGAAAUUUGUCCUUCCGGAAGAUGGAAAUAUUAGCGGUGAUAUUUCAAGUGCUUUGGGGGAAUUCAUCUUUAGCGAACGCUUUCGUGGGUACACCUUUAUUGCACACAACUUGAAGGGAUUUGACGGGUAUUUUCUGCUAAACUAUCUAAUUAAGAACGGAAUCAUUCCACACCCAUUGAUCUUUAACGGGAGCAAGGUUGUGCAGAUGGAUAUUUCAAAACUUAAAAUAAAAUUCCGUGACUCUAUGAAUUAUGUGCCGUCAUCGCUCAAAAAUUUUGCCAAAGCAUUCGGUUUGCAAGAAACCAAAGGAGACUUUCCUCACAAACUUAAUCAGCCAGAAAAUUGGAACAAAAUUCUUCCAUGGCCAGAUCGACACGAUUACGGUUACCAGCUCAUGAAAAAGAAAGAGCGUAAACGUUUUAUAAAGUGGUUCCGUAAAGAGCGACGCCGUCACAACAAUCAAUUUGACUUUAAUGCUCACUUUAUUGGAUAUUGCUCGCAAGAUGUUCUUGUUCUCCAACAAGCAUGUGAGAAGUUUCGAACGCUCUUCCAACAAGUGACGAAUGGAUUGUGUCCAUUUGCUUCAGGCCUUACCACCCCUGGAAUGUGUAAUUAUUUUUGGAGAGCGCGGAUGUUAAAGAAAACCAAAUUGCGCUGAUUGGUCCCCCUGGACAAGGUAAAAAAUCUUCUGCCAAAGGAGAUCGUUGGCUCCGAUGGAUUGAAAUGGACAACGAUAUACAACUCCAGCGCGAGGUUCGAAUCGGCCCUUGGACAGUAGAUGGUUUUGACCCAAGGAAUAAAACCGUUUAUGAGUUUCUAGGGUGUAUGUGGCACGGUUGCAGCGACUGCACGACAAAAAGUACACUGCAUCCAUUUCUUAAUCGCCCCAUGGAAGAAAUCAACAAAGCAACUGACUCACGCCUUGACGCAAUAAAAGCUAUGGGUUACGCUCUUGUUUCAAUCUGGGAGCACGAAUACGAUGCGCGCCUAGCAGCAGACAUGGAAUUCAAACAAGUCAUCGAGUUAGCAAACAUUGAAGAGCCUAUGCACCCACGAGAUGCAUUCACCGGUGGCCGAACAAACGCUA